AUGGAACAACAUAUAUGCUUCGACGUGCGCGGCAAACAUCUCACAGAAGCCCGUCACUGGUCCGCGCCAGAAGUUUUCGGUCCACGAGCACAUUUCUCCGUCGCCGCACCCACAGCCGCCUUAGUAGUCCGUGACGUCAAACGUCGUGACGAGGGCGUGUAUAGAUGCCGAGUCGACUUUAGAAACACACAAACCACCAGUUUUAGAUAUAAUCUUACUGUUGUUGUGCCACCAGAAAAACCAGUAGUGGUGGAUCGGUGGGGACGCGUGAUCAACACCACUACCCUCGGGCCUCAUGAAGAGGGCGAUGAUGUGCUGCUUACAUGCCGAGUACUUGGAGGUCGUCCAGAACCCCAAGUGCGGUGGCUGGUGAACGGUGUCCUAGUCGACGAAGAGUACGAACACAACACGGGUGAUGUCAUAGAGAACCGGCUUCUGUGGCCGCAAAUCAGUCGCGGUGAUUAUGCUGCUGUCUUUACCUGUCAGGCCGCUAAUUCACUUCUGGUGCCUCCUAAGGAGGUAUCCUUGGUACUGGAUAUGUUUUUAAAACCACUAACAGUGGAAAUCAACAAGCCGACAGAGACAGGCGAUAAUGGUGUACUCACGGCCGAACGCCGAUAUGAGGUCACCUGUGAAUCUGCUGGAAGUAGACCGCCAGCUGUUAUCACCUGGUACAAGGGGAAAAGGCAGCUGAAGAGAAUCACUGAGGAACUUCGCGACAACAUGACAGUCAGUGUGAUGAGCUUCGUGCCAACCCUAGAUGAUGACGGAAAAGCUAUUAUCUGCAAGGCUGAGAACCCCAACGUGACACUGCUCUACCUCGAAACUUCGUGGACUAUUAGUGUUGUUUAUCCUCCAGUAGUAUGGCUGCGCCUGGGCAGCUCACUCGCAGCGAGCGACAUCAAGGAAGGCGACGACGUGUACUUCGAGUGUCAUGUCCGUGCCAAUCCACCUGCCAGGAAGCUGUCGUGGUUACAUGAUGAUCGGCCACUCGCGCACAACGCUACAGCUCGCGUGUUCCACAGCAACCAGAGCUUGGUGCUACAGAAGGUGACCCGACACAGCAGUGGCAGAUACGCCUGCUCCGCUCUCAAUGCUGAGGGGGAAACAGUUUCUAAUGAACUGCACUUUAGAGUUAAAUAUGCUCCAUCAUGUCGUGCGGGCGGCGUAUCUGUGGUAGGCGCAGCGCGAGGAGAGUCUGUCGUGAUAGUUUGCGAGGUGGACGCCGAUCCUCCUGCAGCAGUUUUCAAAUGGAAAUUCAAUAACUCCGGUGAAACAAUUGAUGUUGCUGCUGACAGAUAUACCUCUAACGGCAGCGCUUCUAGUCUUAAGUACACUCCAGUAGCAGAUUUAGACUACGGGACACUUUCCUGUUCUGCAUCCAAUGAGGUCGGCACGCAAGUAGCGCCGUGUGUUUUUCAGAUGGUCGCUGCGGGCAAACCACACGCACCUCGCAACUGCACUCUGUGGAAUCAAACUUCAGAUUCUGUAGAAGUAUCUUGCGUUCCUGGCUUCGACGGAGGCUUGCCGCAGAGGUUUCUACUGGAGGUCUACUCUGGUAAAGAAAAAUACCCCAGAUUUAACCUAUCGUCGGAAGAGCCUACCUGGACAGUGCGAGGUCUGGAAUGGGACGUCAGGUUCAGACUGGCGGCGGUGGCAGUCAAUAGCAAGGGACGGUCGCCCCCUGCGCGACUUGCUGAUGUUCUGUUCAGGGACCCUGAAAAACGAACUGCUUCGGAAGCACCACUUGGUGUUGGUGGCCUUGUCGGCGCAAUGGCUGCCGGGCUAGGCGCGAUUUGCGCUCUUGUAGCGGGCGCAUGCGCGGCCUCGCUGCGUAGGCGCCGACGCGCGCCACACGGCAAGCCACCGCCAGCGCCGCUUGUACAGCGGGAUGUGCCCAAAGUGCCCGAGCAUGAUGAUGCUGAACCCGAUCUCAUCCCUAACAACUACUGUGAAGCAACAAACGCUCCCAGUGUGGCAGUAUCGUCGCCUGGAAGAACGGCGCCUGCGCCUCUCACCACUCCAGCAUGCAACGGCCCUGGUGCAUCUUGGACUUGGAGUUCCAGGCCUCGCGACCUGGGCGUCGGUGCGGAAGCCCCCAGGGCCCUCAGCAUAGGCCGCAGCGCUUCUGCCACACUUCGAGCUGCUGCCGACCUAAAUGUGGACGCCAUUAAAGAGAAACUACUCGACCACCGAAUCCCGGAGUCCUGCGUUUAGUGGCUUAGUUUAAAUGUUAGUCUAAUUUUUAAUUGUGUGACUGACUGUAUGGUAUUUUGAAAUGGUAAGAUAAAUGCUGCUGACAGAAUGCUUAGGUAAAGUGUCUUUACGAAAUCGAAUUAAGCUUUGACGACAAAGUGAAAGGAUGUUAGGAAAGAAAAUAUGCUUAAAACAUAAUAUAAUAGGACCAAGAAGGGCAACUCAAAAUGCCUACACUUCGCUCAGAGUGUAGGGUUGUCACAUGUUUAUUUCAGUUAUACACAAUUUUUACA